AUGGUUAAUGAAAAAUUAAGAAUGCGUAAGCAACUUGGUCUACUAGAAGGGGUGGCGCUUAUACUUGGAAUUAUAUUCGGAAGCGGUGUUUUUAUUUCGCCUAAAGCAGUUUUGGAAAUGACAGGGUCUAUAUGGGGGUCGUUGACCGUAUGGGUUGCUUGUGGAGUGUUAUCCACUUUCGGUGCUUUGUGUUAUGCUGAGUUAGGCACAGCUCUUGUUCAAAGCGGCGGUGAUUAUCAUUAUAUCACUGAGGCAUACGGUCAGCUACCGGCUUUCUUAUAUCUCUGGGACGCUAUUUUAAUAUUCGUACCGACUUCGAAUGCAAUCAUGGCUUUAACAUUUGCCAACAAUGUUCUCCAGCCUAUUUUCAGUGGUUGUUUCAUAAAUCCUGUUUGUAGAAAACUCAUUGCCGCCUCGAUUAUAUGUCUAUUCACCUUCAUUAACUCUUACGACAUAAAGUUCACGACGAGAUUACAAAACUUAUUCACAUUUACAAUGCUGUCCGCAAUAGUAAUGGUCGUGGGCGGCGGUGUAGUUUGGCUGGCUGAAGGGAACACGCAGAAUUUUUCGCACGGUUGGACAGGUACGACUACGUCUAUAAGCGACUGGUCGAUCGCUUUCUUUUUGGGAAUAUUCUCAUAUUCUGGUUGGAACUAUUUAAACUUCAUGGUAGAAGAGCUAGUCGAUCCGUAUGUGAAUCUGUCUCGCGCGAUAUACAUUUCUCUACCUCUGGUUACUAUUGUAUAUGUGAUGGCAAACAUUUCUUACUUGGCUGUGCUUGGACGAGAUAUGUUAAGUACAGAAGCUAUUGCCGUUGAUUUUGCCUCUAAAAUUGCCGGAUGGCUUAGUUGGAUAAUGCCGACAUUGGUAGCCAUUGCGACUCUUGGAGGUCUCUCCGUGAACAUAAUGACCUCAUCGCGCAUGUGCUUCGCUGGAGCAAGAAAUGGACAUUUACCUGAAAUACUAGCGCAUAUUAAUAUCAAAUGCAUGUCUCCUGUGCCGUCCUUAAUUUUCUUGAUGUUAUUAUCGUUGUUGAUGUUAAUACCUGAGAAUCUGACGUCACUAAUCACGUAUUGCACCGUUACUGAGUCAUUCUUCACGACGCUUUGUUGUUUUGCUGUUAUUUGGCUAAGAUAUAAGAGGCCGAAUUUACACAGACCCAUCAAGGUCCAACUGUGGAUGCCCGUAAUAUUCGUGAUCACCACGGCCUCCCUUCUCAUAAUACCGGUUGUGAGUGAGCCCAUAGCUGUAAUAUCAGGAAGUCUAAUCACAUUACUUGGUCUGCCUGUAUAUUAUACUUUGGUGAAGAAAACUCCUAAAAGAAUCGCAAAUUUAACACCGAAGUUAACGCGUAUCUGUCAACUAUUUUUCCUGGUAGCCGCCGAAGAAGAAGACGAUUAA